AUGACGUCGAGACUUUCAGCCGCCUCGCCGGCUGGCAAACCAUUAAAAAUUCCUAAGGACGAGUUCAUUGAGAAGUCUCAUGAUACGAACAGAAUCACAAUCAUAGUCGGUAAAGAAAAGAAACGAUAUAUAGUGUCCAGGUCUUUUCUCAGAUACUACUCGACCCUAUUGAACGCCAUGAUUCUUCCAGGGGAGAGCGUCAUCGAACUUCCACGCGACAAGAUCGAAUAUUGGGAGAUCCUUUACGAGUUUGUCAUUCGAGGAGGCUUACAUGAUGGUUCAGUCGAUUUCAAAGGAGACUGUGGGCAAGUGUUGAGAGAAUGUAUGGAUUUCCUGAACUACGCCGCCAAAUACGGGAAUGCACGCCAUCGCUUGUGA